AUGAAGACGAUGUCUAUUGAUCUCGAGCCUGAACAUAUUCUCGUUGCUAGUUUCUGUCCCGGAUGGGUUCAGACGGAUAUGGGCGGAGCAGGUGCUUCUAUCACGGUUGAAGAAUCGGCAUCAGCUCUGGUUUCUUCGUUCGCCAAGUUAAACAAGGAGCAUAACGGUGGCUACUUCAGAAGAACUCUCGAGCCAAUCCCAUAUUGA